AUGAAGUGGAGACAUGGUUCCACCUCCCAAGGCAAGAGGCAGAAAAGAUUCAGGAGAGAGAAACGAGAGGCAGGAAAAGCACUUCACUAGAUGCUUUGUGAGGGACAACUAAGCUAAAAGAAGGAGAUAUUAUCUGUGUAGCUAUCACACUGCAAUGGUGUGAAAAGAAAGAAAAGGAUCAUUUUUGUUUUCAAUCAGAGGAGAGAAUUAGAGAUUUCAGGCAUCAACCAGAAAUCCCAAGGUUCAGUGGAGAUGCAGCUUGAAGAAAAGUGUGAUAGCCACAUGGAACUCAUAGGAAAAAGUCUGCAGCACGUGGGAGAGAAGGCUCACACAAAUGGGAAACUAGUAGCAAAUGGGGAAGCUACAGUCUCUGUAAAACAGGAGGCAAACGGGAAGCCUGACAUGCCAGGGAAAUGCCUCAACACGUACACCUGGCAGGAGAUCCAGAGGCACAACAAGGAGACUGACCAGUGGCUAGUGAUCAACCGCAAGGUCUACAACAUCACCAGCUGGGCCGACAGGCAUCCAGGUGGGCACCGGGUCCUGAACCACUAUGCUGGGGAAGAUGCCACAGAUGUCUUCAGGGCUAUGCACCCAAAUCUUGACACUGUGCAAUUGUACCUAAAGCCACUGCUUAUUGGAGAUCUUGCCCCAGAAGAGCCUAGCCAGGAGACAAACAAAAAUUCCCAGUUGGUGGAAGAUUUCCAAGAACUGAGAAGAUCAUUAGAGGAUAUGAACAUGUUCAAAGCCAACCUGGGAUUCUUUUUCCUUCAUCUGGCCCAGAUCUUGAUUUUGGAAGCCCUGGCUUGGCUAACACUGUGGUAUUUUGGCAGUGGCUGGACUGUUACAAUACUUAUUUCCUUUCUCCUGACAAUUUCUCAGGCUCAGAGUGCAUUUUUGCAGCAUGACAUAGGACACCUUUCCAUAUUUCAGAAAACCAAGUGGAAUCAUCUGAUGCACAGAUUUGUGAUGGGUCAUCUCAAGGGAUUGUCAGCAGACUGGUGGAACUACCGACACUUCCAGCAUCAUGUAAAACCAAAUAUCUACCCCAAAGACCCAGACAUUGACAUGGGCCCACUUUUUCUGCUUGGAGAUUCACAACCUGUCAAGUAUGGCAAGAAGAAAAUCAAAUAUAUUGACUAUGAAAAGCAGCACCUGUACUUCUACUUAGUUGGACUCCCCCUUCUCAUGCCUGUAUAUUUUAACGGGCAAUCCAUGCAAGUUAUGUACCUUCGAAGGUAUUGGGCAGACAUCGCCAUGGUCAGCAGAUUUUACAUCCGCCACUUCAUCACAUUUAGCCCUUUCUAUGGAAUCUUCGGAACAUUAUUGCUCAUAUAUUUGGUCAAGUUUCUUGAAAGUCCCUGGAUUGCAUAUGUUACCCAGAUGAGCCACAUACCAAUGAAAAUGAGCACAGAGGAGAACCAUGACUGGUUCAGCACUCAGGUCUUGGCCACCUGUAAUAUUGAGCAGUCCUUUUUCAAUGACUGGUUCACUGGGCAUCUGAACUUCCAAAUUGAACACCAUCUGUUUCCCACAAUGCCACGGCAUAAUUACCACAAGGUGGCACCUCUGGUGAAGUCACUGUGUAAGAAGCAUGGAUUGCAGUACGUGAAUAAGUCCAUGUUGAAGGCGCUUGGCGAUAUACCCAGGGCCUUGAAGAAAUCUGCAGCCCUCUGGAUAGAAGCUUAUUAUGAGACAUGAUACAGAAUAUCAGCCUCAAUGCUCAUUUAAUCGCAUUUCUGAAAGGGGUUGGUGAAGGUGCAAGAGGUUUUCCCUGCUUAACUGCCAGUGCCAUUGGCAUGUCUCAGUGUGCCAGGAGUGCAAAUCCCAAGGAUGAUAACACCUUCCUCAAAGCCUUCUCUAAGAAAUAGAAGAAGCACAGAUGACUUUGGCCGGGGUGACAAAAGGGAAAUGGGAGUCCAGUGGUUUUAUUUUUUCAGUAGGAUCUUGAACUUAGUCCUACCAAGAGAUAUUAGUUGGAUCAUCUCUGCCAAGGGGGCAUAAAUAUAGGAAUCAGGUAAAAGUUUUGCUGAUGAAAUGGACAAAGUGGGCCAAAGGAGAAAUAUCUGAUAAGGGUAUGUUGGAAAAUAUUGUGGUUGCUCUUAGAAAGGAAUCAUGGAUUUAAGAAAUACCUGCUGAGCACAUAUUUCUGCUGAUUUCUUUUUAAAAUUUGUGAACUUCUUUUCCAUAAAAAUUGAAUAUAAUGAACAUU